AUGGCACCAGUAACCCGCGCGUCUGUCGCCCCUGUUACCCCGCAGAAGACCUUCAGCAGAACGGCUUCUGCCACCCCCGAGGCGAGGAGCCGUCCGCGAUGUCAAAUCUGCAUGAAGCUUCGCAAGGGCCACCCGCGCACGGGCUGCCCGUACGGAUCACCACAAACGGAUGACAACUCCAUAGUUGAUACGUCCCUUGCGAGUGCCCUCAGCUCUCUGCGUAUCAGUCCAGAAGCGGAGAUUGCGCCUGCAACACCUGCGGCUACUACGUCCUCUGUGCCCGAGGACAUGAGCUCUAUAGCGAAGAUUCGGCGAGAGCGGAGACGUCUCAUGCCGUGUACACUCUUUCCUUAUGCAAGCGACAAUCGAACGAGCGAAUCUCCUAGUCCUCCGUCUACCCCGAGCGUGGAAUCUUGGAAUCCUGACAAGUGCGCCGAGGAUCCCGGCCUUUCGGAACCAUCGUCCCUCGCGCGACGACCUAGUACGCAUUCGUCGCGUCCCAUUGUACGCUCUGCGAGCGAGAAUGCCAGAGAAAGCUUCCUCGACGAAUUGGAACGUGUCGCUUCGCAUGUACCUGUGUCUGUCUACAUGGUGGCAACUACGGACGUGGAGCAGCUACAGUCGUCUGCGAAGGAUCUCGGCUUUCAUACCGCCGCAGUCGUCCCGGAAGACCGUACGCAGAAGGACGAAGUGCCGCUAGUCAUUGGCACAGACUAUGCUGCUGUCGGGGACGUCCGUGACAGGCUAGUGAAGGAGGAUGUUACAACGGUGAAACGCAACGGCGAGUAUGGGUUAGCGCAUAUUGCUGGAGGGGUCAUGGUUGGGGCGGCGGCCAUAUUUACAAGCUUGCUCAUGUGA